AUGGCCAGCCCCAUGGUGUCUGCACAGUCACUUAUUCCUCCACAGUGGUUUCUAACUCCUCUCCUCGAGGGCCGGACACCUGCAACUUUUAGAUGUGUUCCUUGUCCUACACACGGCAGCUGUCUGUUUUGUGUCCGCAGCACCUUGGAAGGUUUCUACGUUGACGAUGGUCUGCAGGGCCAGGGGCUGUACACACACGAGGACGGCAGUGUCCUCCAUGGGACGUAUGUCGACGGUGAACUCAACGGGCCAGCUCAGAAGCUGGACGCAGAUGGCCGCCUAGUCUUUAAGGGUCAGUACAAAGGCAACAUCCGCUGUGGGGAGUGCUGGAUCUACUAUACUGACGGGGGCAGCGUGUUUGGGCAGGUCAAUGAGGACGGGGAGAUGACUGGCAGCUCCACAGCCUACAUCUACCCAGAUGGCUGCACGGCUCUCUAUGGAAGCUUUGUGGGCGGAGAGAUCACCGAGGCUCGCCUUGCCACACUGACCUCCAACCAGACCGGAAGGCCACGCUUCCAGAUCGCUCCAAACAGUCCUGUCUACUCCUAUGACAAGUCCACCUCCACCUGCAUCGCCACCCACGCUCUGCUGCCGGACCCGUACGAGAGCCAACGGGUGUUGGUGGCAGAAUCUCUGAUUAAAGGAGCCGGUCAGGGACUUUUUGCCAAGGCAGCUGCUGAGCCGGGUACCGUCAUGGCUUUUUAUAACGGAGUCCGGAUCACGCAUUCUGAUGUGGACAGUCGGGACUGGGUUCUGAAUGGAAACACCAUCUCACUUGACGACGACACUGUGAUCGACGUCCCACAGCCGUUCGACCAGACGGAGAGGUACUGCGCCUCUCUGGGUCACAAGGGCAACCACUCCUUCACUCCCAACUGCCAAUACGAGCCGUUUGUCCACCCUCGUUUUGGACCCAUCAAAUGCAUCCGAACACUGAGAGCUGUGCAGAAAGACGAAGAGCUCACGGUCGCCUACGGUUACGAUCACGAGUCAUUGGGGAAAAACGGCCCGGAGGCUCCUGAUUGGUACAAACGUGAGCUUGAGGUUUUCCAACAAAGACAGGCAGCUCCUGUGAGCCACUGAAAACCCAGAGGAAGACCCCCAAACUCCCCAAAUUUGUGCUGCCACUUCAUAAAACUCCUGGAACACUGCUGCAGCUGCCGACCUUCCAAACUGCUUUGACCAGAGUGACACAAGAACUAUGCAAGAAACCAAGUGGUCUUAGAGGUCGUUGUUCUGACUGGAAGUGCUGCUUCAUCUCAUGUUUUAAGAUUCACAUGUUCAUCACUGGUGCUUCUAGACGUCAUGGAAACCCAUUGUUUUCAUUAGGUCAG